AUGGACAAGCAGACACUGACCGUCGCCGGCCUCCCGGUGAACAUCUUCUCGCUCAAGCCCGCCGCCGACGGCACCCCGCCGAAGCCCGUCGCGAUCCUCUUCCUCCUCCACGGGCGCACGAGCCGCGCGGACCACGUCGAGCUCGUCGCGAAGGCCGUCCUCGACGAGGUGCACGCGCGCGGCGCGGAGCACGCCGGGAAGGACCUCUGGGUCGUCACGUUCGACCACAGGAACCACGGCGCGCGCGUCGUCGACGGGGCCGCGAACCGGGCGUGGGACGACGGCCUGGUGGGCGGGCGGAACGACCGGCACGCAAUCGACAUGUACGCGAUCCAGACGGGGACGGCGCAGGACGUGAGCUUCCUGAUCGACUUCCUGCCCGCGUACAGAAUGCAUUCUCAUAACGCAUACGAAUGCAUUCUGUACCUCUUCCCGGGCGCGGAGCGCGUCGUCUCGGACUGGCUCGUGGGCGGGAUCAGCCUCGGCGGGCACUCGACCUGGAUCACGCUCAAGAACGAGCCCCGCGUGAAGCUCGGGAUCCCCAUCAUCGGCUGCCCCGACUACCUCGCGCUCAUCACGCCGCGCGCGGAGCAGUCCAAGGUGCCGAUCGCGCCGCCGUACUUCCCCAAGAGCCUGCUCGAGUACGUCGCGGCGCACGACCCCGCCGCGGCGCCGCACACCGCGGCGGACGCGGCGAACCCGUUCCGGGGCAAGAAGGUGCUCGUGCUGUGCGGCGGGGCGGACACGCUCGUGCCCUGGGCGGCGUCCCGCCCGUUCGUGGACGCGCUCGACGUCGGCCCGGGCGGCGUGAAGGAGGUCGUCGUCGAGGACGGGGUGGGGCACGCGUGCUCGCCGGCGAUGGUCGCGGCUGCGGCGCGGUUCUUGUGGGAGAACGUGCUGGAGAGGAAGUGA